AUGACGCCGCCUUUACAACAUGUUCAUCCACAAUACUCUCUGCCAGGGAUCAUGCAUUAUUUGCAAACAGAGUUCACAAAGAAUGAGCGAGACCGAAUCUCUUGGGAACUGGAGAAAUUCGAAAUGAAGGCAAGAAUAGCCCAUCUCGAAGGCGAGAACAGAGACCUGCGUCGUCGUUUGAACCAGGUUUCUGUUUCCUCGUCCUCCACUGCAACACAAGAGACCAUCGAGGGGGAGGUUGGAAAAUUCGAUCCAAAGGAACUGACAGGCACGAGACAAGCGAUACAAGAGAAUGUCAAGGAAAUUAUCUAUUUGUUGAAAAAUACAGACGCAGACAUCCUUGGCGACAGCACAAGUAAAUUGAAAAUAGGUGAUAAGUUACACUAUGUGGAGAGCAUCAAUGCAAACACGGGCAGGGUGGGCGUCGCCACCGGGAAGGAAGAGUCUACUAGAGAGAAUCCAGGAAACGCAAUGCAAACUAUUCUUGCUUCCCCAAGCUUACAUAGAAUCGACACAAUGAAAGUGACUGCAGACAAUUCUAUCAUCAUCUCCGGCGACAAUCAUUUAGAAAUGUUCAAGCUAGAUCCACAGACUCUGGCGAAAACAGAGUCUACAGUCUACAACGGCGCUUUUGAUAACACAUUAGAUGUGUUUGUCUCAAAGAAUAACAUCCUGUCUAUCCAUGAGGACCGUCUGCAAAGUUGGGUGAUCGAUCAUGAGGAUUCCAUGGAUUAUAUAGAGUUCAAAGGAAACUUCGAAAUAAUCAAAAUCGAACUGUUAAAAGCAGUCGAAUUCAAAAACGAUUGGUUAUUGCUAGUGACGAAUUAUCUGUUACAACUCUCGAAAUUGUCAUUACCUUCUGAAUCAAAUAGCAAAAUCAAUAUUGAAUCACAGUACGUGAUAGAAAAAAUCGAUGAGAAAUCAUCAAUCUUGGGUGCAACUUUAGGAAUGACCGAGAAGUCGGUUAUUGUUCUAUACAAUAAUCCAACAAAAUUAGUCAUUUAUGAUUUUCAAGGAAACGUUUUACAAACAAUUGAUCUAUCGAAUUCACUAAAGUCGAUUAGCCAACCGCUAUACACUCUCUCGGGGCUGUACAUAAAUAAGGAAACAUCGAAACUAUUGAUCCAAGUCGAUAGACGGAUCCUCAUUUAUUCAUUAGAUCAAAAAAAGAUAAUCUUAAAUGAAACUUUAUCAAAAAUACCAUUACACGUCUCUUACAAAUUUUCAAGAGACUUAAUAGCAAUCACGUACAGUGAUCAUUCUGUGGAGAUAAGAAAUGUAGAUAAUUUCCACACCCUACUGUACAGCUACGGCUCUCUAGACGACCAAUUGAUAGUAGAUUUGAUCAUCAUAAACAACUCACCAAUCGUAGUGAUAAAUACUUGGGAUAACAAGGUCCUAUUACACAAAUUAGUCGAUCCAAAAAAAAUUUGA